AAGAUUCAAUGGACAUUCUCAAGCAUAUUUGGAAAUAUUCUUGCUAAUGGAUUUCCUUCUUAUUGGUCUCUGUUUAAACUGGCUGCUGAGGAAGCCCCCGGGGUUGAUAUUGUGUACGCUGGGUAUCUUUUCUAAAAUGCUUCCAGCCGUGAAUAGUGGGUGUCCACAGCUCUGUCGGUGUGAGGGCAGGCUUUUGUACUGUGAAUCACUGAAUCUUACAGAGAUGCCUCGCAACCUGUCGGGCAUGAUGGGCUUGUCUCUGCGGUACAACAGCCUUUCAGAGCUGCAUGAUGGACAGUUCACAGGGUUAAUGCAGCUCACGUGGCUCUAUCUGGAUCACAAUCACAUUUGCUCAGUGGAGGGGAAUGCCUUUCAAAAAUUGCGGCGAGUUAAAGAGCUCACCCUGAGUUCCAACAAAAUAACCCAACUGCCCAACACCACUUUCCGACCCAUGCCAAACUUGCGCAGUGUGGAUUUAUCGUACAACAACCUCCAGUCUUUGGAGCCCGACCUGUUUCACGGGCUGAGAAAACUAACAACUUUGCACAUGCGGUCGAACGCCAUCAAGUUCGUGCCAGUGAGAAUUUUUCAGGACUGUCGCAGCCUGAAGUUUCUAGACAUAGGAUACAAUCAGUUAAAGAGCCUGGCUCGAAACUCUUUUGCAGGCUUGUUCAAACUCACUGAGCUGCACCUUGAGCACAAUGACUUGGUAAAGGUGAAUUUAGCCCAUUUUCCCAGGCUCAUCUCCCUGCACUCUCUCUGCUUGCGAAGGAAUAAAGUUACCAUCGUAGUAAACACUUUGGACUGGAUAUGGCAACUUGAGAAAAUGGAUCUCUCCGGCAACGAAAUCGAAUACAUCGAACCUCACGUUUUCGAAAGCGUACCUCACCUCAAAUCCCUGCAGCUGGACUCCAACCGGCUGACCUACAUCGACUCCCGAGUCCUCGACUCCUGGAAGUCCCUCACUAGCAUCAGCCUUUCUGCAAACGCCUGGGAUUGCAGCCGGAACGUCUGCGCCCUGGCCUCCUGGCUGAGCAACUUCAAGGGUCGCUACGACAGCAAUCUGCUCUGUGCCACCCCCGAGUACGCGCAGGGCGAGGAUGUUUUGGACGCGGUGUACGCUUUUCACUUGUGUGAAGAUGCGGCGGACCCCACGAGCGUUAACACCCUCUCCCCGGUAACCAACAACAGCGAGCAACCGUUCGGCUACGGAUCUGCCACCGCCACGUACGACGUGCAGGACAGCGAAGGGGACCGCACGACAUACGCCAUAACCGUGACCAUGCCCGGCGAGAACUCGGAGAACGCUGUUCAGAUUCAUAAGGUGGUGACGGGGACCAUGGCGCUGAUUUUUUCCUUCCUCAUCGUGGUUUUAGUGUUGUACGUCUCCUGGAAGUGCUUUCCAGCCAGCUUGAGGCAACUAAGACAGUGCUUUGUAACACAGCGCAGAAAGCAGAAGCAAAAACAGACCAUGCAUCAAAUGGCUGCCAUGUCAGCCCAGGAGUAUUACGUUGAUUACAAACCCAACCACAUUGAGGGAGCCCUGGUGAUCAUUAAUGAGUACGGAUCUUGUUCCUGUCACCAGCAGCCAGCGAGGGAAUGCGAGGUGUGAUUUUCCUUGGGGAUUUAAACAGUGCGCAACCAAAUAACGGCGUGCAGGCAGACAGUGGCACGGGGGGGGGGGUUGCUGUGCUUUGCUGGUGAUUUCUGACGCGCUCCUCUGCCGAAAUCGUUAAGAGGGGCUGUCUCAAAGACUCGAUAUUUUAGCUUUAUUGUGUCUUAAAAAUCUUCAGGACAGUCAAUCUUAAGAUUUCAUAUGCUAAUACUCCCUUUGAAGAUCUGUCAAUAUUCAGGAAUCUGAGAGUGUAAAAAGGUACCAAUUAUUGAUCUUUUGUAAACUAAGAAAACUGUUUAAAAUAAAAAAAAAAUAGCAUUUACAGUUUUUACAGACUGGUGUAUAUUACAUGAAUUGUUCCCUGUAUACAAGAUGCAACAGUUUAACCUCUUUUUCUCUUCGUCCUGAGUGUUGAAAAGAAAGUCUAGGAGCAAAGAAGCCACAUAAAAAUAGAAAGCUUAAAAUUAACCAGAUGGCUUCACGUUGUAAUUAGUACACAUUCACUUACAUCAUGUUGCUGAAGAUACGAAGCAUGUCACUGGAAUUUUAUUUUUGUUAAUGUGCUACCUGUACAACAAGGAGCCAGUGCACCUCAGAAAGGCUAAAGUUUUGACUGUGUCCCUGGGACGGGAUUUCUGAGGAUUACGAAGUACAGCUCACUUGUUACUUGCUGUAAGAUCCAUAAAAACUGCAUCAUAACCCCUAAAAGGAUUUUGUAUCAAAACCUGAUCGUAUUGCAAAGUCUCACUAAAAAGAAAAAGAAACAAAGCAACAAACCCCAAACAAGUGAAACACUGCCAAAAAAAGUGCUCGUCAUCGUUUUCUUUAAAAUAAAAAAGCCAAAAAAAUGUAAAUUUCAGGGCUUUUGCUAGCAUUUCCCACUUUUAUGUUUGUUUUGAGAUAUGCUAAGAGGAAAGAAACCCUUGCUCUGUGCACUGUGGUGCCGUGGUGAACGGAGGAGAGCAAAAGCUAUUCGGUUCUCCGUGGUGAAACCUCUGUGUGUUUCAAGAGUAAAACCUCAGCUGUAACACUGUCAGAGUAAGCCAGAGAGUUGUUAGAGCAUGCUCCUGGGUCCUAUAGUAAACCGCUAGCAAAGCCCAUCUCGUGUCCCUCCCUUUCACCACCAGCCUUCCCUAAUGACUCUAAAAUCUCUGCAGAGGCUGAAAGUACAGGAGCCCUCCUUACUUACGCCUGAUAAAUGGAACUGAUGGAUAUAAGCAGUGAUUUAAUAAUGUAGAAUCACCCAGCUGUUUCAUUUGACUGCCCUUAAAUAAAGGCUUCCUUUCCUUGGAUUUGGGAUUUUUCAUUCCAGUAUGUGAACAGCCUACUGAAUGAUUUUUUUCAACAACUCCUCUCAUACUAAUGAAGAGGAGGUAGUUUUAUAACAUCAGGCAGAGCAUCUUGAAAUUUUCUUCAUACAGCAUUACAUGCUAACAAAAUGUUACGGAUAAGGGAUUGGCUCACAUUUCUAUGCUUUGUACACAUUUCUCUAUCCUUAGGUUAGCACCAAUAGAGGAAAAAAGCAGAAAUCUAAGAUAUAUUUUAAUUUAACACAGGUUUUUUCUUCUUGAUAGCAUCAAAGUGCCACCUACUCCUAAAAGGUACAGCUACAGCAGACAGGAAGCAGAGAAUAGGCACAGCAUAAACCAUUCUUCUGCACAGUAGGUUUUAGCUAUUAAUUUUAAACAGAAAGAGUGAAUUUUUUUUUUUUUUUCCUGACUGACACUAUUUUUAAAGAGUCAGAACUUAUUUUCCUCUAUGUGGUAUAUCUCAGCCUGUUUAAUAUUAAAUAUGAUGAUAGCCUCUUAACCAAAAUUUUUAUUUAGUGAGACUAUAAUGUCAUCUGUGAAAGCCAUGAGACUAUGUAUAGGGAGAGGACUUUUUGUCUCCCUAAGAAAUUUAAUGACAAUCAACUGCUUUUUUUAUUAAAGCCACUGAAAAUUCACCCACAGCUUUGGAACAAGCUAGCUCUGUUAAAACUAGGCUUUUUUUUUUUUUUUUUUUCUCUUUAAAACAAUGCACAUUUCUGUUUCUGUGCCUCAAAUCCACAAGGGCCUGAUCCAUCCUGAAACCCCCAAGUGACCUGAGGGGUUCAGUGUCCAUGCAUGAACCUAAACAGUGAGGGCAGAGAGUAGGUAAGGAACCCCUCGUCUCUUUGGGUGCCUGAUCAGAUUUUUAAGAGAAAAUACUUUACGCCCCGCUAACUGAGGACCAAACCUGAUGCAUUUUCCCCAUUAAACCCUUGUCCGAAAUCAAUAGGGAAUUUAACCAUGAAAAAUUGGCUCUCUGACUUUGGAUUAUGUGAUAUGUUCCUCAAAUCAACAUGCAGCACUGCAGCCAGAAGGACUGGUUACAGCUAGUUGCCAGGAAGCUUCGGAAACCAAGCAAGAUUGUUAAAAUAUUGUCUGCAUACGGUAAAAAAAAAUUAAUGAAAUAUAUGCAUUAGCUUUAUUUCUAUAGUGCCCCCCUGUUGCUAUAAGGAAAAGUUUUAAUUCAGUCAUGGUUUUGCCCCUGUAAAUCUGAUGCAAGACUGAUACCGACAAACAAUCAUCCUGUGGUUGUAUUUCUAUGUAUUUUUAGCAUAUUUGUGGGUUGUAUUUUAAACACACUAGUGAUUGCACCCCUCUGGAAUUAUUCCUGCUGUUUAUUGGUGUUAGCAACCUCAAGCUACGUUUGCAAAGACGUGAGCAAUUCCGCCUUUGGAAUUUAUUCACCUCUGUGCUUCAUGCAUCUUGCAUUGACAGCUCAAGUAAACUGAACAGAACGUUUUUCUUUAAAGGUGCAGUGAUUUCCUAAGUGAGAGCUGAUUUCGGUAUUGCCUGUUGCCAUUUCUCCUGACGAGAGGUAAUGACCACCAAUGACUUGCCACCCUUAGCAGGAUGAUGGAUGGAUCCUCCAUAUAGAGCGGAGAACUUAUUCAACUUCAGAAAACGAUAUAUUUCAAAAUCUUCAUGCAGAAAUCUUUGCUAAGGGUAAUAUCUCCCAGAGACAACCUCCUAAUCAUCUCCGGAGGAUACCUGGAGAUCUGGAUACCCUCUGAAUAUCUACUGGUGGAAAGAGGGGUGGCACCGCUAUUACAUGGCACGAAGGUGCUCCACGAGGUGCCCACAUCUAUUCCCAAAGUUCACAUGAAAAAUAUAUGGGUUGUAAAGAAAUAAAGGAGCAAGUAUUUCAUUUCAAUCCAGCUAUUGUAAACCCAGUUAUUCAUCCUGCUCCAGGCUGCUUGCAUUGGUAUAUAUGAGAGUUAUUAUAUUUGGACUGCAUUUAUAGCAACUGCAGGGACAAAUUGUCCCUAUUCCUUUCUUCCAAAUUUCAUGUUCUCCAACUGUCCAGAGAUAUGUCAUUCCCUCUCUUUUGAUGCCCUUAUUCUGGCUUAUGAAAUGGCUCCAAAAAAAAAAAAAAAAAAAAAAAAGAUGCUUUUGGGGU